AGAGCAGGGAACACAGGUGGCCGCACUGCUUGCUAAGCGCUUGCAUAGUUCUUUCAGCGCUUCGGUGCCUGGUGCCUUUUAGGCCCUCGAGGACCAUGAGCUCAAAGCCCUCUUCCUGCAGCAGGAAACGCACCGGGCCAGUCCCUUGGGAGAUGUAGUUUUCUCUUUCACCCUGAAAGCUUCCUUACCCGGCAGUGCCUAUGCCUGCGAACGCGGUAGCUCAGCAGAGCCAGGCAGUUCCCAGCCUACAGCCCCCCGGCGCUAGCCACGCGUUGCCCAUCCGGCAGGGACAAGACUGGGCACUGGGCCGAGCCUCCUGGGUGGCGUGGGGAAGACUACACGCCCCAUGAUGCAAGAGGCCGUGCGCGCCGGCGCAGACGGGCGUGCCCUGCCCUGGAGUGGGGGUGGGGAGCGCGGCGGAGAGCAGCGCCCGGGCGGGCAGUGCCGAGCGCGCUAACCCAGGAGCGACCAUGCCCCGGGACAACAUGGCCUCCCUGAUCCAGCGGGUGGCCAAGCAGGCCCGCAUCACCUUCCGGAGCCCGGCGCCGGGGCCGGGCUUCGGCGAGAACCUGCACCGGCUGCAGCAGCUGCUGAACGAGGUGCGGGCCGAGGACCUGCACCUGGUCCCGCGGGGCCCGGCGGCCGUGCCGGGGGCGGGCUGCCCGCGGGCCGGGGCCGGGGCCGGGGCCGGGGCGGUGCCGCCGGUGAGCUACAUGCACAUCUGCGAGACGGAGAGCUUCAGCAUGGGCGUGUUCCUGCUGCGGAGCGGGGCCUGCAUCCCGCUGCACGACCACCCGGGCAUGAACGGCAUGCUCAAGGUGCUCUACGGCAGCCUGCGCAUCGCCUGCCUGGACCCGCUGCUGCCCCCGCCGCGCCGCCCGGCGUGCCGCCGCGCCCUGCUCCGCUCGCGCCAGCUCUGCACGCCCGCCUCGCCGCCCUGCCUGCUCUCGCCGCACACCGACAACCUGCACCAGAUCGACGCCGUGGACGGCCCGGCCGCCUUCCUCGACAUCCUGGCGCCCCCCUACGACCCCGAGAACGGCCGGGACUGCCACUACUACCGCCUGCUGGAGGCGCCCGCCGCCGAGCCCCACGACCUGCCCCGCGAGGUGUGGCUGGUAGAGACCCCGCAGGCGGCGGAUUUCUGGUGUGGCGGAGAGCCCUACCCGGGGCCCAAGGUCUCCCCUUGAAGCCGGUGGAGGACGGACGGUCCCCCCUCCCCAGCCACUAUUUCUUCCCCGGCAGGGAUCGUGUGGGACCCGCUGGAGUAGGGGGCCCCUCCUCCUCCGGCAGGAGGUCGAAGAGUCGCCAGCAGCGGGACGGGAGGAGCUGGCUUGUGCCGUGGCUCACUCGAGAUGUCGCAGCGGCUACACUCGCUGUACAAAAGCCAUAGCCACGAUUCCCUUCCCAGCCGCCUUUGAAGUAAUGCUAGACACUACAGCAGGCCCAGCUCCUAGUCCUCGGGUGCGGAAAGCCAUUCCCCAGCCUCCCUGGGACAUGUGUGCAUGUCUUGGGCUAUCAUUGUCUCAGUUCAGCUCAUCAGUUCCAACAAUGAAGCAUCCAGCUGCUGGGGCCAUGGGCUGCACUCUUCUAGGGUACUGCUUCUCUGCCAUGGAUAAUUGCAGUAGAAACAACUUUUUAUACACAGACCUUGCCCCAGAGGAGCUGAUUGCCACUAAACUAAGGGUGGAAAAAUCUUGUGUGUUUUUGCCAAUGGUGCGCACAGGAGAACAGUUUCUGGGGCAGAUUUAUGGUACUAUUUCCCUAUCCAAAUCAUCAGAAAGACACCAGCCAAUUAACACACACAGGAAACCCAAAUCAUAUCCCUGGCUGAUUUGGUGUGUUUUAUCAGGGCAGUUAUACAGGCUUAGCUGCUUUAUGGUGGCUGAGCAUCUCCUAUUCCUGGCUAAAGAGAAUAGCAAUAUCCAGCCAGAACUACCGCUGUUAAUGACAUAGACUGUAUUUGCAGGAAAGCUACAAAACUAAAACCUCUUUGUGCUUACUGCCAAGCUUUUUGAGUGGAGGGCACUAAAGGAUCCAGUGGAUUUUUUUUUCUCCUUUUGACUGAUGUGAAGACAUGCAAAAGUAGUGCUGUUUAAACUUCCACACAACUGAAUGUUAAAGUAAAUACCAGUAUUUUCUCUAACCACUUAGGACCACUGUUUAGUUUUUGAUACCCCUCUUUCAUCCCGCUUCCUUCCUAAAGUUAAGAGAAUAAAUGCAAUAAAACUUCACUCUUCUAUAAGGCAUGUUUGUAAAUACUCUGAAAACUCAUGAGGUGGUAUUUCCAGCCUGUCUAGGCCCACUGACAGUGUCUCCUCAAAUGCAGCUUCCCUACUUUGUGGGUAGGAAUAGGGAGUUUAUCCUCACCACUCAAGGUAAUAAACAAAUGGGAAAUCUUCAGUGUUUGUUGGGGAUUGUCUCUGAAAUGAGCAUCAAGAAGAUCUAAAUGGAACUAGGAAGACAUAGAACAACUCUUGGGCCAGGAAAUGCUCCUAGAAUCAACACUAGCCAUUUCUAAGGUUACAGUUAAUUAUAAAUUAAGGUUUGUCACAUUAUAAAGGGACAUUGUCAGAUAAACUACUUUAAAUAUUCCUUACGUUACAUAAAACAUAAGAUUAAAACUGAAAACUUGUAAAAUUUGUGGGUCUUUUGUACAUUUCUUUGAUUAAUGAAAAUAGAACAGUCAGCUUCUAAUCAAUUUCACUUUAAAGCACUCAUGCAGCCCUAUGUUAGGUGGAAACACUACACAAGUUUUUUUUAAAAUGUCAUUGCUAUUUAAAUGUUUUGUGGGAAUUCUUCUAGUGGUCUUAGAGCUGUAUAUAAACACAGUCCUUUAAAUUUGGGACCGGAUUUGACCGGAGGACAUUCCUUGAAAGCGAGGCCUACAUUUUGAUACAUAACAGAACAUUACAGGCUUUAUAAGCCCUGUGUUUUCCCUCUUUAUACUAUUUAUAAAUAUUGCUUUUUCAUAAGGCUUUUCAUAAACAUAGUGUAAGAAAACAGUGAAUUUUGCUUUGCUGCGGUGUAAGCAGUCCUGAGGUUUAGUUUGCCUAUGAUAGUAUGAUCUUUCUAACAAUGAAGAUACUUUUUCUAUUAGUGAAAUACUCUGUUUAUACUGCAGGGAAAGAUUUUAUGUGCCUGCAUAUCUUAAUACACACUUUCUACUAGAGACCCAAACUUGGGUAGCCUUGACUCUCCUGGUCUUGGAGUAGUGACUUGACUUAACCACUUCAUAAUUGAUACAGGAACCUGUUCUGGAAGUUCUCCCUUGACUAUUUUUUCUUUGUUUUGUGCAUUUUAAAAGCAGAUUUGUUUUUCCUGUAUAGUUGCUUAUGUGUGUUUUAAAAUAAUCCUUUUGUGGCUCUGUAUUUAACAAUACUUCGAGGAGCUUGUUCUUGCCUGCAAAAGAUUGGAUAUGAAAUGCACUGGAACACACACUACAUUUUCAAAUCUCAGUUUUCUGAAAAACAGAAGAUGUUAUUUCAUGCAGUUUUCAUUUAUUUUUUGGCACUUCAAAGUGCCUGAUUUCUACAGCUGCCAUACUUGCUUCUCCUGGAAUUCCAUUGCAGCUCAGCUUUAAAUAAUAAAUAUGCAGUGAGAUCACAUGUUCUCUUAUAUUUAGUGGUUCUUCAGUAUAUUGAGUCUAAUUCUCUGUUCUGUAACACUAACGAAGACCUUUUUUUCAGAAUUCCUUAUGGAAAACUGCAUGUAGGGUGCAAGCAGCUCUACUGGAAAUACAAACUACUCCAAAGAGAAUUUUUAUCUAACCUGUUUUAGUCUCUUUUGUCUUUCGUCUCUCUCUCUUUGCUGUCAGUUUCACACAAUAUGUAAAAACUAGUCAUGAUGUUUAAUGGGAUGUGACUUUAAUGCAUCUUUAAUGCUAGUGAUCCCUUACAUUGCAGGAUGUUCUGGCAACAAUCACAGCAGAAGCUUUAUUAAAGUGGAGCUAAAAGGACCAGUAUUAAAACAAGUCCUAGUGCCAAGAAGAAACAAACAACUAAGAUGCAUUAAAGAAAAGCCUUUUUGUUUAACAGGUUUUGCAACCUUCAUAUACUUAGUAAUUAGAAUUUACUUCAAACACUCUUACUAUCUUUAAACAGAAGGCUCAAGUCUGUAUUGCUGUUCUUUCUCACUGCAGCCUGGGUAUUGUGUUUUUAUAACAGCAAAAUUACUGCUGUUGAUGAUGAACUAUAGAAUAAAUACAAGAUAUCUCACGGUUGGCCUCUGAUUAUUUUCCCUUGCAA